GGCCAUGGGGCGGCGGGUCCCGGCUCUGAGACAGCUGCUGGUGCUGGCAAUGCUGGUGCUGAAGCAGUCACAGCUGCAGUCUCCAGAGCUGUCAGGGUCGCGCUGCCCUGAGCCCUGCGACUGCGCGCCGGAUGGUGCCCUGCGCUGCCCUGGCCCUCGAGCCGGCCUCGCCCGACUAUCUCUCACCUAUCUCCCUGUCAAAGUAAUCCCAUCACAAGCUUUCAGGGGACUUAAUGAGGUCGUAAAAAUUGAAAUCUCUCAGAGUGAUUCCCUGGAAAGGAUAGAAGCUAAUGCCUUUGACAACCUCCUCAAUUUGUCUGAAAUACUGAUCCAGAACACCAAAAACCUGCUAUACAUCGAACCUGGUGCUUUUACAAACCUUCCUCGGUUAAAAUACCUGAGCAUCUGUAACACAGGCAUCCGAGCCCUUCCAGAUGUUUCGAAGAUCUCUUCCUCUGAAUUUAAUUUCAUUCUGGAAAUCUGUGACAACCUACACAUAACCACUAUACCAGGGAAUGCUUUCCAAGGGAUGAAUAAUGAGUCCAUCAUGCUCAAACUGUAUGGAAAUGGGUUUGAAGAAGUACAAAGCCAUGCAUUCAAUGGGACGACGCUAAUCUCGCUGGAGUUAAAAGAAAACCUCCACCUGAAGAAGAUGCACAGCAGAGCCUUCCAGGGGGCCUCGGGGCCCAGCAUCCUGGACAUCUCUUCCACCAAAUUGCAGGCCCUGCCGAGCCACGGGCUGGAGUCCAUUCAGACGCUCAUCGCCACGUCAUCCUACUCGCUGAAAACACUGCCCUCCAGAGAAAAAUUCACCAGCCUACUGGUCGCCAUGCUGACCUACCCUAGCCACUGCUGCGCUUUUAGGAGCCUGCCGAAGACAGAACAGAAUUUUUCAUUUUCCAUUUUUGAAAACUUUUCCAAACAAUGCGAAAGCACAGUUAGAGAAGCGAAUAACGAGACGCUUUAUUCUGCCAUCUUUGAGGAGAAUGAACUCGGUGACUGGGAUUACGAUUAUGGCUUCUGUUCACCCAAGACACUCCAAUGUGCUCCAGAACCAGAUGCUUUCAAUCCCUGUGAAGACAUUAUGGGCUAUGCCUUCCUUAGGGUGUUGAUUUGGCUAAUUAAUAUACUAGCCAUCUUUGGCAACUUGACAGUCCUCUUUGUUCUCCUGACCAGUCGUUAUAAACUGACGGUGCCCCGCUUCCUUAUGUGUAAUCUCUCCUUUGCAGACUUGUGCAUGGGGCUCUACCUGCUGCUCAUUGCCUCAGUAGACUCCCAAACAAAAGGGCAGUACUAUAACCAUGCCAUAGACUGGCAGACAGGAAGUGGCUGCAGUGCAGCUGGCUUCUUUACUGUGUUCGCUAGCGAACUUUCUGUCUACACCCUUACAGUCAUCACUCUGGAAAGGUGGCACACCAUCACCUAUGCUGUUCAGCUGGACCAAAAGCUGAGACUGAGACAUGCCAUCCCAAUUAUGUUCGGAGGAUGGAUCUUUUCUACUCUGAUGGCCACAUUGCCCCUUGUGGGUGUCAGCAGUUACAUGAAGGUCAGCAUCUGCCUCCCCAUGGAUGUGGAAUCCACUCUGUCACAAGUCUACAUAUUAUCCAUCUUGAUCCUCAAUGCGGCGGCCUUUGUCGUCAUCUGUGCUUGCUACAUUAGGAUCUACUUUGCAGUUCAAAAUCCAAAGCUGACAGCUCCUAACAAGGAUACAAAAAUUGCUAAGAAGAUGGCUGUCCUCAUCUUCACAGACUUCACAUGCAUGGCGCCCAUCUCAUUCUUUGCCAUCUCAGCUGCCUUCAAAGUACCCCUUAUCACGGUCACCAACUCAAAAGUUCUACUGGUCCUUUUUUAUCCUGUCAACUCUUGUGCCAAUCCAUUUCUGUAUGCAAUUUUCACGAGGGCAUUUCAGAGAGAUUUCUUUCUAUUGCUGAGCAGAUUUGGCUGCUGUAAACACCGGGCUGAACUUUACAGAAGGAAGGAAUUUUCUGCACAUACCUUCAACUGCAAAAAUGGCUUCCCAAGAUCAAGUAAGUCUUCCCAGACUGACCUGAAGUUAUCCAUAGUGCACUGUCAACAACCUCCACCUCCGCCAGUGUUAAUUCAGUAACUGAAUUACUGAAUUGUAUCUAAAUAUACUCCCAAAAAAAGUCCACCCAAAUUAGUCACUUUAAUAUAAUGUGUUUUAGAAAAAUAGUUAUCCUUAGGCACUUCAGGAGAAUUGAAACUUGCUUCAAAGGGUAGCCCAAGGCACUUGAUGACAUAAAUUUCAGAAGGGUUUAGAAAUUUUUUACAAUAAUUUAGACAGAUAAUUUUGUUUGUUGAACCUAAUAUUAAGAAAAUCUAAGUUGUCAUUUUCCAUGUCUUUUUCACUUCCAUCUUGUGAUUUACGUUGCAACCUCCAAAUAUAUAUUCAUAACAGACUGGAAAUUUAAAGUGGUCUUUGUCCUCAGGUAGUUUGGUAAAUACAUUCCAGAGAUGCACUGUGCAGUGUGGUAGCUGUUAGCCUUGCAUGGUAAAUAAAAGUUUCUUAGCCAUA